GUGACGAGCUUUCCAAAAAGUUCACACAAAAAUCGUCCGGAAGAUAUCCUCAUUCCUGAAAGUUUUCAUCGUUGACGAAAUAAUUGGAUGAAUACUUGGAUACUUGCAUCCAAAUCGUUUCUAGAGAAAAAAAAAUUGAGGACCUAAAGUGUGCAGAAGACAUCGAUUGGUGGAAAACACUGGUCAUUAGGUAAACAAUACAAUAAUAAUAAUAACAAUAAUAAUAAGUACCAUGGACCCUUCAUUAUACGCCCUGAAUCUAAGAGAUACAAGGUCAAGUCUGGGAAUGUGCAGUAACUGAACACAUCCUUUGAAGAUCAAGAAGCACUGGAGGUUGUGGAGAGUUUCACUACCUCAACAGUUAUAUCACCUCUGAAGAAAGUCGGUGUGCGGAUUCCAAAGGCUCGAAUCACCCAAGCCAGUUUGCGUUACUUGUGGCACCAAAAAGACGUCACAAAAUCUCACGGGUUGUACGCCGCAGGUUGUAGUACGCGUUGUAUUGUGGUUAUCAGGCUUGUUCUGUGGCCGCGGAUGAUCUGAGGCAUCCUUGGACAUUUGGUCAUUGCCUGACGGCGCCAGCGCGAAAGCUAAUGAAGGGAGUUGUUGAUACCUCAGUCACAGACAUCACACGGCUUCAUCAACCGCGGUGGAUAGGCUAUCGUCUGGUCGCUCCGAGUCAACGUCAGUAGAGCUGAGUGUUCUGUCUCCUUUGGAAUGAUGCAAACUGUGGGGUGGGCAACAUGUCCUUGAAGUAAAAACCGUCCAGAUAUAACAUCUUUUCGGUGCCUAGCCGCCGUGCCACGCGAAGGAAGCACGAGGGACCGGUAUACUGUCAGGUCGCCAUUGCCUAGAGCGGAGCAGUCGAGAUGCCGGGGUCGAGUUCGAACCUUGCGGUCAGUAGGUUUGUACCUUAACCACUGAGCUAUCUCGACCUGAAGAAAAGGUUUGACGGUGAUUGUGCGAAGUUAGGUUGUUGUCUGUACAAUCCGAAUCCCGGGAUGAGGUCCUUUGGAGCCGAUGAGAGAUAUGGCGGCUAGCCGAUGUCCGUGGCAUCCGUACUGUCAAUUUGCCUAUGGAUUAUCUCAUUAAGUGUUUGUAGGUGUUGGCACUCCAGAAUUACUGUGGUAGGUUAAUACGAAGUCACUCCUUUAUCCGCCCUUUUCUGCUUUAAGGCUUUAAAGGUAGCUAAGGAAACCCUGAUAGUUGUACGGCGGUGAAGCGCCAGUGUAAACACUGAUGCUGCUGUCAUUGACAGUGAUUACGGCGGCAGUGAUAACACCCCACCUCAGCCAUCCGCAGACCUCACUACGGACAGCGGUAACGAACAAACUUUUCAAAGACCGGAGCAAAGUUAUGGGGUCACGUUCAGCUCACAUCCAAGAUUCCGUCACGGAAUAUCGAUGUGCUUUGCUUGCUGCUGAUCACGCCGAAAAAUAUCAACUUGCUAUUGAGUACAAGAGUCUCGGUUAUCCGAUUCCACCAUUUUCUCCAUGCAUUUGAGUACGAGAGCAAACACUCAACCAAAUCGCUGUUGAAAUUGUCUCAACUUUUGGAGACCAUACCACAAGCAGGAGAGAAUCGGUCGCGUGCUGUCUUCGGGUUUCGAGCAGUUUUCCAGUACUAUGCGUAUCAAAGCAAAAGAAACUUCAAGUCUCAGUUCAACGGGCAUCCUACUACGGCUUCGGUGUUGUGGCCCCUCGUCCGUUCCCAUAGGCUCGCUGAGUAACUGCGAAGUGCAAGAGAUGUCACCCGGUUUGAAGAAUAAUAAACCACUGAGGUAGACCACCUGUCGUCUGAGUUUGGGUGAAUACCAAAACAACUUAUUGGCCUUUCGAACCACCGUUAGACGGGUGGUUUGGUCACUAUCGUUUCACAUGCCCGGUCUCUCCAAACUGAAUAUGUAGGACGAGCUACCGUGAUCGACGGCGGUUGCUGAGUGUUGUGACAGAGACUGGUUACAAUUCCCAAACGUAGCUGCUGGUCGUCCUUGAUAAGCAGCAGCAACUGCUAACCGAUUUAUUUUUUUUCACUUGUGAAAUAAAGUACACAUUUGUAUGCUUUGGGAAUAGGUAUAUGUACUGCUAACGCACCAAGACGCAAUGCCCAUGUUUAAAAGCAUUUUGUUUGCACAGAACACACCAACAAAUGACAGACCAGCCACCCUAUGUCCUUCUGGAAACAACGUAUGUUAUAUUAUUUUUCCAUUUACCCAUCCAUUAAGCCAGGGCACUGUUGCUGUGGAGUUGUACUGGAAACAUGCUCCGAAAACAUGUAUGAACUUUGCCGAGCUAGCCAAACGAGGAUAUUAUAACAACGUUUCAUUUCACCGCAUCAUCCGCGAUUUCAUGAUUCAAGGCGGUGAUCCCACUGGUACCGGUCGGGGUGGAGCCUCCAUCUAUGGCAACUAUUUCGAAGAUGAAAUCCACCCAGAUCUCAAGCACACAGGCGCUGGUAUUGUUUCCAUGGCUAACGCUGGCCCAAAUACGAAUGGGAGUCAGUUCUUCAUCACUCUUGCUCCGACACAGUGGCUGGAUGGGAAACAUACUAUAUUUGGCCGUGUUGCCUCCGGAAUGAAAGUCGUUCAACGAAUGGGCAUGGUCGAUGUGGAUCAUAUGGAUCGACCGAAAGAUCCUCUACGGAUCAUAAAAGCACAUACUGCAUUUACGUUGUAACAGCAACACUCUUCCUUAUCUUUGAACAAAUUGUACAGUCCUGCCUUUUGAAAAUAGCUGCUCCUAAUUUGCCGUAGGUUCCUGCGCGGGGACUAGUAUAUAAGGCAGACAGAAGACAGAUGCGGAGACCGCCGGACGAUAGAUGCAAAUGCGGUAUUUUCUUAGGUUAUAGCCGUUUCACAAUCGUCGUCCUUGCACCUUAGGAUGUCUGUGAGAGACUGGCACUACAUACAUUCCUCGCCCUUCUCGUUAGUAUUAGGCUUCCAUUAGAUGAAUAACGGCUUUUCGGCACUGAAGCUUGCGUGCUCAGAACGUGUUACGCUCUCCUACGUGUAUUCACGUCGAUUCCAUUGUGGUAUUGCUUUGAGGUGGGACAUUGUGGUUUUAAAGAUUGCACGAAAACUAUGGUUG